AUGCCUUCAAUGAAGCGCGCUCAGGAGUCUUCGGACCCUGAUGAAAGCGAUGGAUCCAUGAGCUCAAAACGACAGAGAACCAACUCAGGCUCGUCCAACUCAAGCUCUUCGCCUGUGGCCGCAGUAGACACACUAGCUGUCGACGAGGAGGAGCUUUCCGACGAUGAGCUUGAACUCCGACAGACGCAGAUCAUUCAAGAAAAAUAUUCCCACCAGAUGGACGAAGUCAACGUACCCGCAGAGCAUGGGAUUCUUGAACGCGUUGAGUGCUACAACUUCAUGUGCCAUGAUCAUUUUAAUGUCGAGCUAGGACCUUUGAUCAAUUUCAUCGUGGGGAAAAACGGGAGUGGCAAGAGCGCGAUCUUGACUGCAAUCGUUCUUUGUUUGGGGGGCAAAGCGGCCGCGACAAAUCGAGGUCAGAGUCUGAAGAGCUUCAUCAAGGAAGGCAAGGAGAAUGGCACGAUCAUCGUCCGCAUCAAGAACCAAGGCGAUGGUGCCUAUCUUCCCGACGAUUUCGGCAAAACCAUCAUUGUUGAACGGCAUUUCACCAGAAGCGGUGCCAGUGGGUUCAAGAUCAAGGCAGAGAAUGGUCGAAUCGUCUCGCAAAAGAAAGCGGACCUGGACUCAAUUACGGAUUAUUUCUCACUCCAGAUCGACAAUCCUAUGAAUGUGCUAUCUCAGGAUAUGGCUCGCCAAUUUCUUAGCACAUCUAGCCCAGCCGACAAGUACAAGUUUUUCGUUAAGGGUGUUCAGCUUGAGCAGCUUGACCAGGACUAUCGACUAAUAGAGGAAUCUGUUGAUGGAAUGGAAGAAAAGAUUCGACACCAAACGGAGGACCUUGUGAACCUCGAAAACCGCAAAAAUGAGGCCAAGAAAAAGUUGGAAAUGUCCGAUAAGCAGAACUCUUUGCGGCAAACGCUCAGGAACAUUCGCAGCCAAAUGGCCUGGGCCCAGGUUGAGGAACAAGAGAGGAUGUUGACCGACCUGACCGACUCCAUUUCUGCGGCCGACCAGAAAAUUGCCGGUGCCCAGUCUGAACUCGCUCGGUUUGAUGAAGCUUUCGAAAAUGUUGAUAACGAAAUCAAAGAUGCCAACGAACAUGCCUGGCGGGCCGCAUUGGCUACCGAAGAAGCCCAGGAGUCCAAAGCCCAGAUUGACAACAACAUGAGGGAGGCAUUGAACAGUCGUUCCGAAAUUUCUGUAUGUACUAUGAUGCUCGUCUACGGCUUACCUUUUGUGUUCUGUCUAACGAUACAGACCCAACAACGCAAUAUUAAACAACUUCUUGAUGACACAACGGCCCGUGUGCAAGAGACUGAGCAAAAGAUCAACCGCGAGAAGGAGCGUCUCGCCGAAGCCAGUGAUGGAGGUUACGCUCGAAAACAGGACGAGUGCGACAAGGCCGCUAGUGCUGCCUCUGCGGCAAAAAGCGAAUACGAAGAGCACCGCAAUGGUGCACCUGCCCUACGGAGUGAUGGCGAAGAUGCUGAAAGGAAACUCGCAGAGGCACUGAGACCUCUAGGCACGAAGAAAGGAGAGAUCAGAGAGGCCGAAAACCAACUCAGGAACCUCAAUAGGGAAGGGGGGGCCCGACAAACUGGCUAUCACCAGAAUAUGUCCCUUCUUCUCAAGGCGAUUCAGAACGAGACAACGUUUGUGAAUCGUCCGGUGGGGCCAAUUGGGCACCAUGUGACGCUUUUGCAGCCGAAGUGGUCCUCGAUCCUGGAGAGUGUGUUUGGAAACACGCUCACCGGUUUCAUCGUGUCCUCCAAAAGAGACUCUGAUAUCCUGGCGGCCAUCAUGCGGCGGGUCAAUGUCAUGUGCCCUGUCUUUAUCGGCUCUGACGGUAAUCUGGACACGACUGGGAAAGAGCCAGAUUCCCGGUUUGACACUGUCCUAAGAAUACUUCAGAUCGACAAUGAUAUGGUCAGGCGACAAUUGAUCAUUAAUCACGGCAUCGAACAGAUGCUUCUGAUGGAGCACCUGGAAGAGGCUUCUUCCGUGCUCUUCGACGGUGAACGGCCUAAGAACGUCAAGCGAUGCUACUCGAUCGAUGCGAGAGAUCGGCGCCGAGGAAUCCAUCUAACGUACAGCAGGGGGGGUGAACCCAGUCAAUCGCCAGUGGCAGGAUGGACUAGAGGCCCGCGUAUGAAAUCCGAUUCUGCCCUACAGAUCAGCGCACAACAUGAUAUUCUGGCCGAUUUGAAGCGUCAGUUGGGGGACCUCAAUCAAGAGGCAACUAAGGCCAAGUCCCGCGUGGACGCUUGUAAGAGGGCUAUUGCCUUGCAUGGCAGAACCGAAAAUGACCUGCGUUACCGGGUGGACCGGGCAGAAGACCAUGCUGAGGAGCUCAAAGAGGCGCUCGAAAAAGAGAACGCCGAGGACGAGAUCAAUGUCCUCCAACUAACUCUAAAGGACGCCGAGGGAGAAAAAGAGGUCCACGAAGGAUCGUUCAGAGACGUCGAGGCAGCGAUGGCCGCCAAGCUGGAAGAGCUCAAGCAAAUCAAGCGAGAAGUGGCCAGCAAGACCUCAGACCUCAACAGCUGCAGGGAAAAACAAGGAGUGGCAGAGGACGAGAAAAAACUUGUUCAAAACAAACGACGCACGAUUUUAGAUAAAAAGAAUGCGGCCGUUGCCUUGAUUGAGAAUGACCAAGAAGCAAGAGCCAGCACUGUUCAAAAACAAGAACAGGUGCGAAGGAGGGUCGCCGAGUACAGCGAAAAGGCCAGUAUGGUGUCGCCUCGAGUUCCUGUGGAAGAGGGUGAAACUUCGCAAAGUCUGGAUGCCAAACUUGACAGGCUGCACCGCGACUUAGAUCGCUAUAGUGCACAGUAUGUUGCCACCCCGUGGGCUCAGUUCCUUGCUAACUGGCACAGGUUGGGAGCCACCCGAGAAGAGAUUGCAGAUGCAGCGACAAGAACAGAAAACGAGUAUUCACGAGCGCGGCUGCGAGUGGAAGAAGAGUUAUUCGUGGCUCGGGUAGGUUUCACUUCACUCUUCUGGGCCAAAUCUAACGCCAGCCAGGCUCUGAAAGACACCCUCCACAACCGCAAAAAGCGUUGGGAGAUUUUCCGAUCUCAUAUUUCGUCUCGGGCCAAGGCCCAAUUCACUUACCUUCUCAGUGAACGGAGCUUCCGUGGCCGCCUGUUGACUGACCACCAUAAUAAACUGCUAGAUCUCCAGGUUGAACCGGAUAUCACCAAGGAUGAUAAUACCGGACGUGGUGCAAAAACACUUUCUGGUGGCGAAAAGUCAUUCUCCCAAGUAUGUCUUCUUUUGUCUCUGUGGGAAGCCAUGGGUUCUCCGAUCCGUUGCCUCGAUGAAUUCGAUGUGUAUAUGGACCAUAUCAACCGAAAGAUGGCCAUUGACAUGCUUGUAAGUAGUGUCCUGACGUUGUGGAACAAGACUGACUUGCUCCAGAUGAGUGCUGCUAGGCGAUCCAUUGGGCGACAGUUCAUUUUGAUCACCCCAGGCAGCAAGACCGACAUUACCAUCUCCCCAGAUGUCAUUGUUAAAGAACUGGCAGCACCAGAACGAGGCCAGGCCACGCUUAAUUUCCGUUGA